AAUUUCAUCUUCACGCAAAAGGAAUAAUUUUCUCGACGGUUUCUUUCUGUGGAUUAAGCUUUCCUCGGAGCCCUAGAUCUUCUUACUUUUCCAUUUCCGAAAAAUUUCCUGUUCCUCGAGAAAUAGAUCACAAGCACCUUUCGUGUUUUCAGAUCUGGGAAUUUAUCUGAUUCUGAUUUAAACUGGAUGUCGAAACCUUGGGGUGGAAUUGGGAUUGGGGCAUGGGCAGAUGAAGCGGAGCGUGCCGAUGAAGAGCAAGUGGCGGAAGCUACGGCGACUGCGGCGGAUGUGCAGAGCUUUCCUAGCCUGAAGGAGGCUGCGAAUAAUGUCAAGUCUAAGAAGAAGAAGAAGAUGACUCUCUCGGAGUUUGCCUCUGGUGCUUACACAGCACCUGGAGGUAGAAAUUCUGUUGGAUUGACGCAGCAAGAGAUUCUUCAGCUACCGACUGGUCCUAGGCAACGCUCGGAGGACGAAAUGCAACCUGGGCGGUUAGGCGGUGGAUUCUCGUCUUACGGCGGUCGUUCUGGUGGGCCUCCUGGUCGAAUGGGGAGAGAUCGAGAUGAUUCCGAUGGGUCUUGGGGUGGUGGAGGUGGUGGCCGGAGACCCUACGGCGGCGGAUUUGAUGAUGACCGGAGGGGGAAUCCGUCUAGGGUUUCAGAUUUUCCGCAACCUUCGAGAGCUGACGAGGUUGAUGAUUGGGGUAAAGCAAAGAAGCCUCUUCCGUCUUUCGAUCAAGGACGACAGGGUCGUUACGGUGGCCUCGGAGGCGGAGCCGGUGGUGGUGGUGGUUUUGGAGGCGGUGGCGGAGGUGGUGGUAGUUUUGGCGGUGGAGUUGGAGGUGGAGGUGGCUUCUCCAAAGCUGACGAAACUGAUAAUUGGGCUGCAGGUAAAAAGCAAGCUCCGGUUAGAUCAUCUACAUAUGGGUCCAGUUUCGGUGAUUCAGGCCGGGAAUCUGACCGUUGGUCCAGAGGAGUCGCCGGAGGUGGUGUUCAGGAGGAGCGUCGUCGCCUGGUUUUGGAACCACGAAAGGUGGACUCAGGAGCAAGCGAAAUUCCUCCAGCUGCUGCGAAGUCGAGUAAGCCGAGCCCUUUUGGGGCAGCUAGACCAAGAGAGGAUGUAUUGGCGGAGAAAGGUUUGGACUGGAAGAAGCUUGAUUCGGAGAUUGAGGCUAAGAAAGGAAGUUCUCAAACGAGUAGGCCAACGAGUGCACAAUCGAGCAGACCUUCUAGUGCUCAAUCAAACAGGUCUGAGAGUUCAGGAUUGAAUAAUGUGGUGAAACCGAGACCAAAGGUGAAUCCUUUUGGCGAUGCGAAGCCUCGCGAAGUGUUGCUGGAGGAACAAGGGAAGGAUUGGCGCAAGAUGGAUAUGGAACUCGAGCAUCGCAGGGUUGACAGGCCUGAAACAGAAGAAGAGAAGAUGUUGAAGGAAGAGAUUGAAGAACUAAGGAAAAAACUCGAGAAGGAAUCCAUUGCUCCAGAGAUCAAGGAAUCUGAUCAAGAAAGCGACAGUAAUAAUAAUCACCAUGACUUACCUGAAACUAUACGCGGGAAAGAGAAAGAUCUGGAAAUACUAACCCGCGAGUUGGACGACAAAGUCAGGUUCAGGCAGAGACCCGGGUCUGGUGCAGGCAGAACAGGUUCAUUUUCAGAAAGAACACAUUCCCGGUCUGGAUCAAUAGAUGAAUCCAGAAGUUUUGAAUCCACAGAGAGACCCAGAUCACGUGGCGCCAUUGAUGCCUGGGUUAGACCUGUCGAUGAGCAGCGAAGAAACUUCCAAGGAAGCAAAGAGCGUGGAUUCUUCAGCAACAGGUCCUCGUCUGGAUGGUAAGAAGGAAACGAAGAACCAAAUGUGGGUGGGAUGUUUUAACUACUACUACUACACAAUCCCCAGAUUUUGAAGAAGACUUAGAGAAGCGUUAAUUUAUAUUAAUAAAAUAUUAUCAUCUCCUUGAAGAAAAAAAAAACCUUAAUCUUUGUUCUUUUUUUUUGGUUGGUCCAUCCUCGGAAUCGGAGCCUCGUUGUUUUGUUUUGGUCUUCUGCGCAGCGAAGGCGUGUGUCUCAAGAGAUUGUCUCUCUUCUGUUAUACUUUCUCGAAUUGAUUGUUAUAUUUUUUUGUAGUAAAUUAUGGUUUCUCAUCU